AAACACCUGUUUCUACAAUGGUCUAUCGUGUCUUUUUAUAUAAUUAAAUAAAACCUACUUAGUUAGGAUUAGACUUGUAGGAUGAGGAGAGGAAGUAAGGUUUGUCAACAUCCUUACUCAGGUAUGAGAAAUUGGGGAGCUGAAGCAGUGACAUCAUUGGUUCGAGCAGCUCUUGCUUUUAAAUAUGAUACACCACUUGAAGAGAAUCUGAAACUACAGAAGACAAUCUUGGCACCAUUGCAGGAACUAUCUAAUGUUACCCAUUCUGAUAUUCGACAGAAACAAUUGGAAUGUGUUCUUACUAUUCUACACAAUAAUGGAUACAAACUAUUGCAUGGAUGGCCUUUAAUAUUAGGAGUCAUUGGAGCUGUUAAGAACACUCAAAGUGAGAAAUUAGUGCAAACAGCUUUUCAAUCUCUGCAACUGGUAGUAGCUGAUUUUCUACCGAUAAUACCCAGUAUAUAUUUAAAGAAUUGUGUUGAAGUUGCUGGUAGAUUUGGUUUACAGAACAAAGAAUUAAAUGUGAGUCUAACAGCUAUAGGAUUGUUGUGGAACAUUUCUGAUUUCUUCUACCAAAAUCGUCAAAGAAUAUCCGAUGAACUGAACACAGGAAAAACUGAAGAAAGUAAGAAAGAAUCUGAAUUAGCUUUUGAUGAUCUGUGGAUGAGUCUGUUUUCUAGUCUCGGAGAUCUGUGUGUAGAUGAUCGACCUGCUGUUCGUAAAAGUUCUGGUCAAACUUUGUUUUCUACAAUCUCUGCUCAUGGAGGACUCCUUCAGAAAGAGACGUGGAAACGAGUACUGUGGCAGGUUCUCUUCCCAUUAUUGGAGAAAGUUCAGUCAUUAUCUAGCAGUGCCUCUACAACUAAAGAUGAAAUGACUGGCAAUAUAUUAAUUCAUCAUUCCCGUGACACGGCCGAGAAGCAGUGGGCAGAAACACGAGUAUUAUCUCUAGCAGGAGUAGCCAGAACAUUUAAUUCCAAACGACAAAUAUUACAUCAAAUAGGGGAUUUUCCCAGAGCAUGGUCUUUAUUAUUAGAACAUAUAGAGAACUCGGCAUUAUGUCCGAGUGCUGAAGUUUCUUUGGCAGCCUUGAAAAGCUUCCAAGAAAUCUUGCAACUCAAUAAAGAAUCAAAAACGGAUGAUCCCAAAACGUUCCUGGAAGCUCCAUCAGGAGAAGAAAUCAAUCGGACAGGAGAGACCAAACCAAAAACUGUAAAACCUAGUAUUCCCAAAGCCGUUGUUUCGGAUGUUGAUAUAGCAUUGUGGGCUACGGCUUGGAAGGUCUGGUUAAAUAUCGGUACCCAGGCCACAAAGGCACCAGAUAAUUCGGACAAAGUUUAUGUACCAUCUCAGAAAUUUCUCACAGCUCUCAUUCAGACAUUUCCCCCAUUAUUUAUUCACAUAAGACCACGUUUUGUGGCGUCUGAUCUGAACAAAUUAUCUAACGUGUUGGUUAGUGCUUUAUCGGUGCCAGUACAAGGUGAUGCUUCACCAUUUAUUAUACCAACCUAUCCUGAAGUUACUGUUACACCUUUACAAGAAGUUACUUUACAAGCUAUGGAAGUUCUUAUACAGGCAGUAAAAGAAGGAGCAGAAUCAACUAAUACCAUGUUUCCUGAAAUAUUUGAACAACUGCUGACUUAUAUCAAGUUCGGAGUUCAGGCUCCUAAAUAUGGUCAUUUAGAAACUAAAGUAUUUGGAACAGUCAAAGGUCCACAAGUUGAUUGGGUGACGAUGAAUUUUGUGCCGUUUUCGGAGAAGACAGUUGAUAUGGUUGUUGAUCUAUAUUCUGCAUCAGCCAAUAACACAUCAGUUAUUAAAGCACAUGUUUUACACAAUAUUAUUAAGACGUUCCGUAUUCCACUAGGAUUAAAAUACAGUUGUCCGUCACCAUCAACAUGGAAACUAGUCAUCAAUGCUUUAUUUACAGUGCUGGAGAUUGGUCUACCUGUAGCCAGGAAACAUGUAAAUGAAUUUGAAGGAAUGUGGUGUGAGUUAGCAUUGGCUUUCGAAGAUUUCCUUUUCACAAAACAUCCAUCACCACCAACUUUAUCUGUUGAAGAAUUUCAAAGAGAUGAAGCUGUGGAUUGUAAGGUUGUGACAGUGAUAAGGGAUGAUAUCCUACCCUACGCAUCAAACAUGCCAAAAGAUUUUGUCAUUAAAAUAAUGGAGAUUUUAAAUAAAGGAUCUAUACAUUCAGCUACUUCUGAUACAUUCAUAGUUUUUUCUACUCCGUCUUAUCAUAGUAUAGACACUGAAUCAAGUCGCAAAUUGCGUGAAGAGUUUGCCAAGACAUGUUUUGAAACUUUACUUCAAUUUUCGUUUAUUAACCAAAAACAGCAAGAAGAAGAAGGUUGUAUAACAAAGAUUGCUGUUCUAUCUUUGUUACAAAGAUGUCAGGAAGUUGUAAAAAAAUAUGUUGAUGAUGAACGAUUGAGUGGAAAAUGUCCAUUACCAAGACCAAGAAUGGCAGAGAUGUCAUCUGUAUUAAAAGCAAUCUCAACUUUAUUAGGAUCUUUAAAACGGGCACCUAAAAGUAACGUGGAAGCAGGUGUCUGGAAACAAGUCAUAAAUCUCUACCCAUAUUUAGUAGAAUGUACCACAUCAGCUUCACCACACGUUUGUAAAGCAUUAAAAGAUGCUCUUCAUGAGUAUAAAGAUUUAUUAACUCCACCAAUUAGUGGGGUACAAAAUGGAACCUAAAAGAUGCUCUUUAUGAGUAUAAAGAUUAUUAACUCCACCAAUUAGUGGGGUACAAAAUGGAACCUAAAAGAUGCUCUUCAUUGGUAUAAAGAUUUAUUAACCCCACCAAUUAAUGGUGUACAAAAUAGAACCUAAAAGAUGCUCUUCAGGAGUAUAAAGAUUAUUAACUCCACCAAUUAGUGGGGUACAAAAUGGAACCUAAAAUCAAUUCCAAUUAUAACUGUUGAUUUCCGUAAAUAAAACUAGUUCUGUUUAAAAGAUAUAUUUUAGUUAGAUUUAAUGAAUGAAUUAUUUUUUUUUAAAUCAUAGAUCUGUAGAUACCUAUAAAAGUAGUCAACAUUAGGUGUUAUGGAAUGAAUACUUUGCUUUUAUAAUUUGUCUUGCCACUUUAUGAACAAAACCUAUAUUAUGUACAUUGAUAAUAAAUCCAUCGCCAUAAGGCAGUGGUUCUCAACCUUUUUUUGCCAACGGCACACCUUGGAACAGAUGAAAAAAUAGCCUCACACCUGGGUAAAAAUAUAUAUGAAAAAUAUUUGAAUUUUUUUUGCAAAUAAAAACAUGGUAAGUCACACGACAUACAACCGUAGACACAGACUAGCCAUAGACACAUAGAAUGACUCAUAAAAAAACCCACAGCUAUGAAGUUACCAGUAGACACCAGUGAAUACUCAAUUGGGAUCAAAUGGUUUCAAAAUUUAGGAAGAUCUCGUGGCACACCUGUGUUCCGCGGCACACAGGUUGAGAAUCACUGCCCUAAGGGAAAUGGAGAGAAGGGUAUAAAUUUUAUUACAAUGUUUACAAAUCACUAAGAGAAAUGAUAAUGUUUAUUAGAAAUGGUUGGACUAAAUAUUUGUUUAUCAGGAAGAUAUAAUCCAUUUUAUACUAGCACUCAGUAUGUACAGUAAAGAAUAUCACCCCCUCCGACAGGUAACUGGUUACAGGUAGAUAAUAAAUUAGUGUAAUGGCCCAGAGGCUGUAUAAAAAGUAGGAAUUCUUGGAUUAUAUCAAGUGUUGUUGUCUUAUAUCCUUGAUGUAUGAUUAAAAACUUCAUUAGAUGGGGGUUAGGGUUAUAUAGAUCAAGAUCUAAUCAAUUGUUCUUUUUAAAUUAUUAUUUGGAUGUUAAACUGUUACAAAUAUUUCCUAAGAGGAAUAUGAAAUAUUGAAUAACAAAGGGACAUAUUAUAAUUACAAUAGAAUCUUUAAGUUGUAUUAAUCUGUUGGCUAAAAUAUUUUCACAGGGAUAUCAAUUUAUUAACAAAUUUGUAAAAAUAGUGCACAUGAACUAAAAUGGUAUUUAAAGAAAUUAUUUAAUAGUAUCAAAAAUAUUUAAUAGUUUUUGUUCAAUAUCAAAAAUAUUUAAUAGUUUUUGUUCAGUAUGAAAAAUAUUUAAUAGUUUUUGUUCAAUAUCAAAAAUAUUUAUUACUUUUUGUUCAGUUUGUUAAAAAUAUCAUAGAUAUCUACUCUACUUUCAAUUUAUUAAAUUUAUAAACAGUAUUUUCGAAAGAAAAUGUAAAUAAUGUUGUCAAAAUAACCAAAUGUUAUCUGCUAAAAAAAAUUGAAAUAAUAAUAGUAUUCUGCAAUAUAUUAAAUGUUAUAAAUUGUUAUUAACAAAUAUUGUACAUAUUGUAUAUACUGGUAAUUUACAUCUAUAUAUAAUUGUUGGGUAAAUUUUAAAACAGAGACAUUUAAAUUAUUUUAAUAUAUUUAUUGUUGUAAUAAAUAUACAUUAUAUCAUAAUAUAUUCACAAAUGUCAUAUGUAUAUAAUAUAAUAUAUAAUAUAAUAUAUAAUAAAUUAGUAAUAUGCUGGUAAAUAUUUUCUCUGACAUCUCUAAUAAAAACUACUCUAGUUCCACUUAUUCAAAUAUAUUUUAAACAUAUUGCAAGAAGUUUAAAUGUAACAACCACGAUAGUACUAAAUAUUGACAAGGAACCAAGCAUGAUGCCAAUUUGUUUGAAAAUAGUCCCUAAAUACCCCGGCGCCAAGUCUACUGAAUAUUUUACGCAAAACUGGCAAAACUUUCCCUCAUAGCGUACUGUAUGCCAUUUGUCCACCUUCAUUAGCCCAGUCAGUGCAUUUCACAAAAUAGGGUUAAAUACUAAUUCAGAUAUAAUUCACAAAAUAACAGGUGGGUUUAAAUACUUUUAAAUACUUAUUCAAAUAUAUUUCAUAAACUAGGUUUAAAUACGUAUUAGUACUAGUUUCAAUAUAUUUAACCUAGUGUUACAGAAAUAAUGUUACUAGUUCCCUCAUACAAUGGAACUAUGUUUUCUAAAUUUCUGGAAUAUACCCUGUAUUAUUAUGUAAUUUCUUAUUUCAAAAUGUCCAUCAGUGAUUUGAUGUUGGAACUGAAAGACAGUUUCAUGGUUUUAAUUUUUCUGGUAUUAAAUGAAUUAUGAUGUGUUGAUAAAAUACUUAUUGUUGAAAUAUAUUUUAUUUCAAAUAUC